AUGGAGAACGCAUCGGAGCCGUCGCAGGCCCAGCCCACGUCUGAGCAGCCCGUCAAGUCCAUCGAAGACGAGGCCAAGGGUGUUGGCUCUGCGACUGGCGGAGUUAUCGAGGAUCAAUGGCGGAUAAUGAUGGAUGUUGUCCUGGUAAUAUAUGAAGUCAGAGAAGAAGAUGGCCAUGAUCCAUCGAAACUAUUCCAUCGCAGUGUCAACAAGCGCAAUGUCCCCGAUUACUAUGAUAUAAUCAAGGAGCCAAUGGCGCUCAGUAUCCUAAAGCAAAAGAUAAAUAAGAGAGAGUACAAAAGUUUCGCCGAAUUCGUGCGCGAUUGUGCCUUGAUCCCACAUAAUGCGCAAACGUAUAAUCGACCAAAUUCGCAGGCUUAUGAAGAUGCACUCGUUAUCAAGGACGUUUUCAUUGCAGAAUUCAGAAAACUGGCGAAACAAGGCAUCAUCUCCGCUGCUGAGGCGGAACUCCCUGAUCUCGGGGAGAUCCCCGAGGCCGAUCCUCUUCCCGAGGAGGAGGAGGAGGAAGAUGACGAGGACGAUGAAGAUGAUGAAGAAGAAGAUUCUGAUGAUGAUGGUCGGCGCAAGAGAAAGCGAGGGCCCCGCGCAGGUGGUAAGCGCGAAGGUGGAAAAGAUGACGGCCAUAAAUCUAACGACCCCGAGCUGCGAAAGAAACGAGGUCGGCCGCCACGAGUUGACACUCCGAUGGAGGCGAGGAUCAAAGCAGUCUUGAAGGGGAUUCGAAAGCUGAAAGACCCGAGUGGUCAGAUUAAAGUACGCCACUUCGAACGACUACCUGACAAGGUGAUGUAUCCGGACUACUACGUGGAGAUAAAAGAGCCUAUUGCUAUCGACAUCAUCAAAAGGAAGUCAAAGCGAAAGAAGUACAGCUCCGUUGAUCAUUUCAUGAGGGAUAUGGACCUGAUGUUUAGCAACGCCAAAAUCUACAAUCAGCCGGAGAGUCAGAUAUACAGAGAUGCUGUCGACUUGCAGGUGGAAUCCCGUAAGCUUGCCGAGAAGGAGAAGCGAAAGCCGGACAGCGAGUAUCUGAUGGAGGAUGGGCGUUUACCAUUACCAGACGGAAUUCUUCAUACAGGUGAGCUGUGGAAAGUCGGAGACUGGGUUCACAUCCAGAACCCCAAUGAUGUAACAAAGCCCAUCGUGGCACAAAUCUACCGAACGUGGCAGGAUUCUGAAGGUGAAAAAUGGAUUAAUGCUUGUUGGUACUACCGCCCAGAGCAAACCAUUCAUCACUAUGAAAAACAUUUUUACCCCAAUGAGGUGGUAAAGACUGGUCAGUACCGAGAUCACCGAAUUGAGGAGAUUGUGGACCGUUGCUUUGUGAUGUUUUUCACCCGCUAUAACCGUGGGCGACCCCGUGGCCUUCCUCCUGACAAGGAUGUAUACGUCUGCGAAGCGCGGUAUAAUGAGGAAAAGCACAAGCUGAACAAGAUCAAGACUUGGGCAAGCUGCUUACCGGAUGAAGUCAGAGAAAAGGAUUAUGAGAUGGACCUCUUCGAUGUUCCUCGAAGGAUCAAAAAGAUCCCCAGUCCGAUAAAGUACAUGCUGAAAGAUGAUGCCAAGGAAACGGAUGAUCUUCCCAAGCCGACUUGGGGGGCAGAGAACGCACCACCAGUCAUUGGAGCCGUGCAUCGCCGUCCACGAGAUGAAAAUGAAUCUCCGCCACCAGAGCCAACACCAUCUCCACCCCCUCCAAUCAUACCCCAACCUCCUCUCCCCCAUGCUCCUGUGCGACAGCCGACAAUUAGCCAACCACCAACCCGGCCGAGUGUGGGUAGCCCAAGUCACGUAAAUAUGGCUGCUGUAGGAGGGCCAGCGCCAGCACGCUCGCCGGCCGCACCAGCGGUUCCUGCCCAAAGCUCGCCAGUGCCCGUUCCGUCGGCGGCAUACCAUCAGUCUCAAAUCCCCCCAGCCCAGGCUUAUCAAGCCCCUUUCCAGAGACGUCCUAGCAGCUUUGCGCCGCAAACACCUCUUCCUGCUGCCUACCACGCGCCGGCGGUCUCUCAUCCAUAUGUAGCUGCUCAGCCAUCACCAUACACGCCUUAUCAGGCGAGCCGCUUGCCCGUUGCCCCGCCGUCAGUGUACAAUCCUAAUGCUCCUCGCCCGAUCGAAGUUUUUCACUUGAGUGAUGCUGCCAAUUCUGCAAUUCCAGAUGAUAUCCGUGAACAGUUCCAUUGUGACGACCAUGGUCAUGUGUUAUUCUUCUCCUCCCCUCCAUUGGAUAUUGUUUCAUCCAACCAGCAAAGUCUAGGUCAUUCUCUCAAAUACCUUGCAGCAAGAGAAGAACGUCGGAGGCGAGUGGAACAACGGAAGCGCAAGCAGGUUGAGGAACAAGAAAAACGCGAGGAAAACGCAAAGCGUAUCCGUGUGGAUGAGGAGACGGCCCUCGCUGGACGAGUGGAGACUUUGACGACCAAGGCCAUCGAGGUCAUGGCGAAUCAGAUAGUAGCCGGUACUAACAAGUUCUACGAAGUUCAUUAUCAAGAUCGGGCCGAGGUCACCAAGUCAGCUGACAAAAAGGCUCAUGAGGGUAGAGCUCUCACCGACCGUGUUUCACACGAGCAGACAGCACGGAUUCAGACACGCUCGACGAAACCAACCUUUGUCAGCCUCAAAGGUAACGCCAUGUAUAUGGAUGAAGUUGACCCAAGGACUUGA